UCACGCACCAAGAAAAGAAAACUCUGCCUCCAUUUUUUCUAGUACCUUCUUCUUCAGCCUCUCUCUCUCUCUGCGAAAAAGAACCACUUCAUAGUUCAUAACCGUCACAGCCCAAUCUCUCUCUCUCUCUCUACGCUUCUCUGCUUCAACAAUGUCGACGGUUAUGCAGAAAAUCAAAGACAUCGAAGAUGAGAUGGCAAAAACUCAAAAGAACAAGGCUACUGCUCAUCACCUGGGAUUGCUCAAGGCUAAGCUUGCAAAACUACGGAGGGAACUCCUUGCGCCUCCCUCAAAGGGAGGUGGUGGUGGUGCUGGUGAAGGAUUUGAUGUUACUAAAAGUGGAGAUGCAAGAGUUGGUCUAGUGGGUUUCCCUUCAGUAGGGAAAUCUACACUGUUAAAUAAAUUGACAGGGACCUUUUCAGAGGUUGCUUCCUAUGAAUUUACUACCUUAACUUGCAUCCCAGGUGUGAUUGUGUAUAGAGGAGCUAAAAUUCAGUUGUUGGAUCUCCCUGGAAUUAUUGAGGGUGCUAAGGAUGGAAAGGGUAGAGGAAGACAGGUUAUUAGCACUGCUAGAACAUGCAAUUGCAUUUUAAUUGUUCUCGAUGCAAUAAAGCCAAUAACUCACAAACGUCUGAUAGAGAAAGAGCUUGAGGGAUUUGGCAUAAGGUUAAACAAGGAACCACCUAACCUGACUUUCAGAAAGAAAGACAAGGGUGGAAUUAACUUUACCUCAACAGUUGCCAACACACAUCUGGACCUUGAAACUGUGAAGGCAAUAUGUAGCGAAUACAGAAUUCAUAAUGCUGAUAUUACUCUUAGGUUUGAUGCAACUGCAGAUGACCUUAUAGAUGUCAUUGAAGGCAGUAGAAUAUAUAUGCCUUGCAUCUAUGUUGUUAACAAGAUUGAUCAGAUUACUCUGGAAGAGCUGGAGAUUUUGGAUAAACUUCCUCACUACUGUCCAAUCAGUGCGCACCUGGAAUGGAAUCUUGAUGGCCUGCUGGAGAAGAUAUGGGAAUAUCUUAAUUUGACUCGCAUAUACACAAAACCUAAAGGGAUGAAUCCUGACUAUGAAGAUCCUGUAAUCCUGUCAUCUAAACAUAAAACAGUUGAGGACUUCUGUGAACGAAUCCACAAGGAUAUGGUUAAACAAUUUAAGUAUGCUUUGGUAUGGGGGUCAAGCGCGAAACACAAGCCCCAAAGGGUUGGCAAGGAGCAUGAGCUUGAGGAUGAGGAUGUUGUUCAGAUAAUCAAGAAGGUUUAACUGUAGAGACUAGAGACACUGUAGUCCUGGAACAGCUUCUCAAUGUCUGUUAGGAAGCUACCUUUGAAAGAAAUUUUCAGCAGUAAGGCUCUUGUUAUGAGAUUUAUCUUCAAUCGUGCCUAGUUUGCUAGACCUAAGGAUUCUAUGUCUUCUGCCUUUUCAUUCAAAUUAGGUAGAACAAGGGGGAGCUUGAUUUGUAAUUAAGCUUUUUUUGUGGUGGUCAAGCUUUGUUUGUAGGGGUUUUGCCUACUGCUUGGUUGUAUGGGACCGAACAUGGAAUCUAUUAAAGAAACGGACUACAUAGAACAGAUGGAAGUUAUAACUUAAAAUGACUUCACUAAA